UGGAUUUACAGGCAGUGGGAGCUUCAUACCACAGCUGAGCCUCUGGUUCAGAGGUGGGGCGAACGAUGAGGUCCCAACCAGGCACGAUGAGGAUGCUGCUGCCCAUCGCUCUCUGCCUCAGUUUGGUUCCAGUGUGUUUCGGAGCUGCUAUUCCUGUUUCAUGUGGGUCCAUCUACAAGAGUUUCGCUCAGUGUUUACUCACACUUGGGGACAGUUUGGUGGAAACACAAAAAGACCAGAACACACAGGACAUUGAUGCAAUCUGCAGGUCGUGGAAUGCGUUUCACGUUUGUGCCAACUCAGCCCUGGCUGGCUGUCCCGGAGAGGCAGCAGCCGUCUGGGAGUCUCUAAGACAAGAGUCCAGGAAGACGCAAUUUUCCGGAAACCUCUAUGACAUGUGUGCCAGCCGCACCACCCUCCCGCCCAGCACCGUGCCUGCAGCCCAGAGCCCUCCCACCUCCGACCAGACCAACCAGGAAACACUGAAAGGGCGAACAUACAAUCACAGCCCCACCAUCACCACACUGUUGCUCCCUGUGUGCAGCACCCUACUACUCCUGCUCAGAAGUUAGUUAACCUAAGUGUUUUAAUCAGAGUGAUGAGUCCUGCUCCACUACAACCCAAACACACAAGGGUUAACUCUCUUCACAAGUCAGCCAUAUCGAAUCUAAGAUAAGGAUUUCAAUAACUGGAUCAAAAUGAGACACUUGUUUCAGUGUUUCUUACUUGGAUGGGCUGGUGCACCUCUUAAGGUAUUCAACAAAUAUUAAGUGAAGUGGAUGAUGAAACAAUCAAAGGAGAAUUUUGUAAGAUAUGGCCUGAAUUUUAGCUUAAAACACUAUUACAAAACAGUUGUGGCAAAGUGGCAACUUUGCUACCUAGACGAAUAAGUUAACAAAAUGUCAUGAAAGGAGAUAUUUCGACACCUAUUUCCCUCUCUAAAUAUAAAAUGCAAGUUUGUUUUACUGAACGAGCUUCAAUGCCUUUUUAGCUCAUACAAAACACUCUUCAUUCAAACCGGACAUAAGCUAAAUAUAACUCACGAGAAAAGUUGUUUUGUAUUUCCACAAUCACCUCUGGUUUGGUCGAAAUAAAUCCUCAACUCAUGGAGUGAGAUGUGAAAAUAUGCUCUGCAUGCUGUCUCUCCAUCUCUGCUGUCCCUGCCUGCUGUGUCUUCUUGUCCCUGGAGUCAUGGUCCUGGUCAGAGUUGCUGUAGAUAACUUCUGUAUCUCUGCUCUUCAAACCGGCAUCUUUUGGUUUCAGUGUUCAGUCCCAGCCUGUGUGCCCUGGGAGCCCUGUAUACCACAGUGACUCUCCUGUAUACCACAGUGACUCUCCUGUAAUCUGACUCAAGUAAGCUAAUAGAGCCCCUUAGCUCCACAGCUCACUGAGCUACUUGCUAACAGCAGCUUGUCGAGAAUACUGAGCAGCAGUUAGCAGUUAUGCUGCCCCCCCAUAUCUUCGAAUUCUGGCCAUUUCUUACAGAUGACACUUUUAAAUUGAAAAAAAGUGUUGAACUGAUUGUUAUUGAUGUUUCCACAACCAUACUUUGAUAGGCUGUUAACAAUUAAAGGGUAAUUCCAGCAAUUUUAAAUGUUAAAGUUUGUAAACAGGUGUUGGGGAAUAUGACUGCAUAUGUGAAAAAAAUAGAAUAAAGUAUUUUGUGGCUCCAGAAGAAGUUGUCUCUAUGUCACUCAGAGGCUAAGUUGCAUUGUGGGUAAUGUCGGCAGUCUGCUAGUCUAGCACUGCAUAUGCAGACAGUUUACAAAUGCACAAAAUUGAUACAGCAGAACCAGAGAUAUCGCCAUUAUUAUUUGACAAAUUCUUCUUCCUUUUCAAAGCCUGUUGCGCCUCUACAUUACCCACAAUGCAAUGUAGCCACUGAGUGAAAUCAUUGAAGGCCAUUUUACGUUUUACUAAAGGCAGAUUACAUGCAGCUUCCUCUGGAGCUGAACAAAAGGUUUUAGACUCCUUUGUUUUUCAUAUACCCAGACCUUAAUGUUAAAAAUGGGUGGAGUUACCCUUUAAUGUGGAGAGGGAAUGAAACACAUUUUACUUAACUGAAAGAAAAAAAAGUCUCGUUAUAAGCUAAUAUUUAUUGUAAAUACUCUUUUGUAAACACUUUAUUUUUUACCACAGCUGCAGUAAUACCACAUGAUUUUUAGGACAAAGGAGAUUUUAAGGGAUGUUUUAGUGCCAGGUGUUCAGCUCAGCGUGUGAUCCAAUCAGAGGUGAUGCAGACGUGAGUGUUAUUACAGGGUGCAAAACAUUGUGUUUGUGCUGCAAGUGGAAUUCAUCAGCCUGUACGACUGGUUUAACAUUGGAAAAUUUGAUUUCUGUGUGGAAGCAUUUAAAACUGUGUCAUUUCAUGUGACCCCCUUUUCAGUUGUUUUCCUGUCCUGUUUUUUUUUUUUUUUUGUUUGUUUUUGUUUUUUAAGCAGUUAUGCUUUUUCUAUUCUGGGUGCUGCUAUACAGUAACUUCAUUCUAUUUAAGUUAAUGACUUCUUCUAUCCCCUGUGGGGCGGUUAAAAGGGACACAUAAUACACAAAGUUGCUAAAGUACUAAAAAGUAGUUGGAAGACAUUAAUGAUGAUGUUAUUUAAUGUUGUGUAACUUUACACAUACUGAGAGAGCUCUGUUAUGCAACCACACACUGCAUUUUAAUCUCUUGUUUUCACAUCAAUGAUGUACAACUUUAUGUAUUUUCACAGCAGUGACGCAUAAUGCUCUUGGUUUCCCUCU